CACAGACAAAUCGAAAUUGAAAUUUUCUCCCACACAUCUGAACGGACAUUGAACCCUAAUUUCGUCGAUUCAGUUUCAUUCCAGCUUCUCGCUCUUUUCUUUUUUCGCAAUCUAUCCAAUUCAAUCUAUUUCCCCAUCCAAUCCUCUCUCUCCAUCUCUCCCGCAGCCGUUACAUUUCUCCACCGCACCGUCGUUUUCCGUCCGCCGAUCCGCCCCCUUUUCCCUCCUCGUUGAAGGUUUUGGAAUCAGAAACUGCGAGAUGUCUCCCGUAUCUAGAUCCAAGUCCAAGGACAAAAAGUCCGGGAAGGAACCUUCAAAGACUCCAUCAAAAUCUUUGAGCCAUGCCAAUAUUAGUGGUGGGAUCCCGGCCAGUGGAUACAAUCCAAUUCUUGGAACCUUCCAUGCACUGGACUCAGCACCUGGCUCUUCUGCCUCUUCACUUCAUGCCAAUGGCCGCUUCAAAAACAUAGAUGAGACAGAUGAUCAAAGUAGCAACUCACUAGGCACUGGUGGGGAGUAUGAUACUGUUUCAAACAAUGGUAGUUGGUCUGGGGAGUCAGAAGACCCCAAGGAAAAAAUAUCUCAUCCCCUUCCUCCCAAACAAGAGACAGUACCCGGGGCUGACAAUGACAAGCGGGAAAAAAUACGCCAAAAGAAUGAGAGAAAGCAUCAACGCCAAAAGGAGAGGCGAGCCCAAGAACUACAUGAGAAGUGCAGUGGGUAUCUCAUGUCAAGAAAGCUGGAAGCGCUUGCUCAACAGCUUGUGUCAAUGGGGUUCUCUUCAGAACGAGCAACCAUGGCUCUAAUCCUGAAUGAAGGAAGGGUAGAACAAUCUGUGGCGUGGCUAUUUGAAGAAGGUCAAGAAGCAGACAAUACUAAGCACAAGGAACACAACAUUGAUGGAGGGGGUAAUUUGAAAAUCGAUAUAUCGGAAGAGCUUUCUCGAAUUUCAGAGAUUGAGAGUAGGUAUAAGUGCUCUAAGCAGGAGGUUGAAAGAGCCGUGGUUGCCUGUGAAGGUGAUCUCGAGAAGGCUGAAGAAUCUCUGAGGGCACAGAAGCAGGAAACUACUACUAAUGUGCAAUCAAAGCCAGAAGAGACUGUGGUCAGUUGUAAACUCCCUACAUCCACAAGUCAUCAUAAUUCGGUAAGUCUUUCUACGAAACUCAUCUCGUCCACUUCUGUACAAAUGAAGAGGGAUGAGAAAAUACCAAACUCUUCCAUGGAUCCUGUGAGCAAAAACAUACAACAGUCAUUAAAGGGAGUCCAACUGAAAACGGACUGGGCUAAGCCACCACAAGCAACUACAACCUCAGCUGAUAAGCGCUGGUCGGGUGCAGCAAUUCCAAAUCCAUCUGCAUUUAAUAAUUCUUUUCCUUCACAAGUCUCGCCUUCUCCAGUUAUGACUACUGAAGCUCGGUACAUAGCUGUUGGGAAUGAACUGAAGAACCUACAGCUAGGAAGCAUUAAAGAACCCAUUAUAGUCAUGCAACGGCCACAACAGUCCAUGAAUGCAAAGCAGGUGGUCCCACCAUCAACCUUCAUGAGUUCAUCACCUCCUGGUGGAACUGCAGCUAGAGGGGGGUGGUACCUUCAUGGUGCUGAACCUAUGAAGCCAGAUAGGAUGGUGACACAUGCAUCGGGCUUGAGGAACGCUAGCACGGACAGUUUCAAUGCCAACCAAAUAUUACACAAUCAGCAUCCGUUUCUACCACACCAGUUUCAACUACACCAGCAGCAGAAUGCAUUGAGUAAUGGGGGCCAACAUGAACCUCCGGGAACGAGCAGUAGCAGGGUAAACGCUAUGUGGUGUAGAACAGGUAGUACAUCUCAGCAUCAGGGAGUUGCUGCGGCUUCCUCACUCGGGCUUUUUUCUGGGUUAGGCAACCAUGGCCCAUUGGGCCCGUCACCUCAUGUGGACUGGAACAGUGGGUUUUCGAUGCCACAUCUAGAUUACAACAGCAUAGACUGGAGCCUAGAUUCAAAUUCAUCGUCAUCAGUACCGGGAGGCCUCUGGCCUAAAAUGAACCAACCCAUGCCAAACAACUACCGCAACCACACAUUUACGUCCCGGGCUGCAAUGGGACCCAUUUUGUCCGAUGGCAUUUCGAUUCCCACCAGGUUGCAGGAGGGAAUGAUGGCUUCGGCAGUGGAGACAUCUGCUGGUGGCGGCGGAUCUCGCGAAUGGACUUCUCCUUUCGAGGAGAAAGAUCUUUUUAGUUUGCCCCGGCAAUUUGUUUCCUCUCCUUCACUGUAGUAGGGAAGGAAGGGGCUGGGUGGGUUUAAUGAUUUAAUAAUAAAAGGAGAAAAAAAAGAGACGGUAAGAUGUGCUUGGUUGGGUUUGGUGUUGUUUGAUCAUCAUAUCAUAUCAUAUAUAUAUAUGAAUGAAUGAAUGUGCUUUUG